GUCCCCCAACCAAAUACACCUUGUCGCCAAUAACCCACACACCGCGGCAAGAUGCGUACCUACGAAGACAGCUUCUCCGGCCAGAGGAUCUACCCUGGAAAGGGUAAGAUCUAUGUCCGUGGCGACAGCAAGGUGUUCCGAUUCGCCAACGGCAAGUCGGAGUCACUGUUCCUGCAGCGAAAGAACCCCCGUCGCAUUGCCUGGACGGUUCUGUACCGACGACAGCACCGCAAGGGUAUCUCUGAGGAGGUUGCCAAGAAGCGCACUCGCCGUGCCGUCAAGUCCCAGCGUGCCAUCGUUGGUGCUUCCCUCGAGGUCAUCAAGGAGCGCCGGGCUAUGCGACCCGAGGCCCGAUCUGCCGCUCGCGCCGAGGCCAUCCGACAGGACAAGGAGAAGAAGGCUGCUGCUCAGGCCGCCAAGAAGGCCGAGAAGGCCAAGAACGCUGCCGCCGGCAAGGGCCAGACCCAGCGAAACGUCAGCAAGCAGGGCGCAAAGGGUGCGCAGGUCAAGGUCGCCGCCCGAUCCCGCUAAAUAUGAAUAAACGGGAAUAGGGGGGAAGGAGAGAAAGAUGUUGUGUGCAGCGCAGCGGAUGAGCAAAAUGAAACAAAGUACGGAGUCUGUGGUUCUUGUCUCUUUCCGGCCGGUUCUUCUACAAUAUCGGGUGCAUGGAAUGCCAUAGGGUGCAUUGGUAGUUGAGCAAAUGACAUACCGGUGCAAUGGUUUUACAUAAAUGGGAACUGUUGCUGCGAAACAAAAGCCGUUGAAUCAAUGCCGUGUCAAG